CGAAUAUCCGAUGUCAUAAAGAUCUAGUGACAGGAUAACAGGAAAAUCUGUAUCUGUUUGUUACAGGUGAACCCUUCACGAUAUUCGCCCCACAGAACACAGCGAGAGACCGAACAGAAAAUUUGCUCCACCUGCCAGAAUUGGUGAAAAAUCUGCUUCUAGACCAUGUGGUUCUUGGAUCGAAGAUAGACCUCACCAACGUUACAUCAGAGACCAAUUUCACAACAAUGAGUGGGAGGACAGUGACUGUCAAGCCCGCGAAAGAAAACGUGACUAAACUGAAGGCCAACGACGCAAAUGUUGUAGAACAAAAAAUAGAAGUCCCAAAUGGAAUACUGAUAGUCGUGGACGGAUACCUCUUCCCAGAGGAUCAACUGAUACGAAGAAAUGCAACAAGUCAAGGAAAACUGGUGGACGAUGGCAGCCAUUUUGCCGGAAAGGAACAUCCGAGAGUUCGAUCGAACACCACCUUCGUGGAGAACAUCAUGGAAGUGCUGGGGUUCCUCAAAAGUGGUGUGAGGGUAUUUCAGCAUUUUCUGUCGAGAUCGAAUGUUUCCAAGUUACUUAAGGAAGAUGAGGAAUACACAGUGUUCGUACCAACAGACCAUGCUUUCCAACGUUGGCACCCAAUCGACUGGGGUUUCUACCCCUUCAGUGUGCCGGAGUUCACGGAGAGCGUCAUUGUGAACCAUUUCAUCAAGGGCAGGUUGAGACAGGACGACAUCAAAGACGGACAAGUGGUGAAGAGCCUCGAAGGCAAGGAUAUCGUCUUCAGGAAGACUCCCAGUUUGACAGUCAACGGAGCUACGGUGGUAAAAGGAGACACCCCAGUGGCGAAAGGAAACAUGAUGUUCAUAGGAGAAGUACUGUUUGUGAGCGAAUCGGUGGUUUCUAAAUUACACCAACAACAUAAAGACAAAGAAACACCUCCAUUGUUGGCUUUUCCGUGGGUUGGAGCCCAGUUCUUAUCACAUGCCUUUCUGGCACUUGAAAGGGAUAAAAGGUUCAGUCACAUCACAAGAUUUCUCAAUUUAGCCGACCUGGCGCCGCACGUCUCGGGUACAGGCUACACGUUUUUCGUACCAAUAGACACAGCUUUUGAAGAAAUCGGUCUGGACAAGAUGCCAGAUAACUACUUAUCAACAGGCGAUGGUCUGCGGAUUCUGUUAAAUCACUUUGUCAAAGGAAGGCUCUAUGACAAGGAUUUGAAAGAUAGAAUACAACUUGCGACAUUGGGAAAUGAGACGAUUAUUGUGAAAAGAGAAAACGGUAAAGUCAAGAUAAAUGAAGCUACCAUCGUAGAAAGCGAAGUGUUCGUCUACAACUUAGGCACGAUGUUCUACAUAGACAAAGUACUAUUCACCAACAGCAACAGCCUACCCAACACCAGCACGGUACCACCUCCGGAAGAAACCAGUACCACUAGCGUACCAUUCACGACAGCUGCAGGUGCUGAGAAAGUACCCGAGGAACUGAUAAAAGAACCAGCGAGUAUGGUGGACGUCCUCUAUGCAGAUGGAGCUAAUUCAGAAAAUGUCACUGAAGCUGCGAUCACAGUUGUGGUUACACAAGCUUCUGCUAAUAAUACUGUCCAAUGAAUAGAACGUGUUUUGUUUAGAAACGGCUAGAACCACCAUUUUCACCUAUUCAAUUACGUUGCUUUAAUGAAAGACUUCAAGUGUCUCGAUUCAUAAGUAACGUUUUUUCAUUUUUCAGUACGUAGAACAUCAAAUAAAACUAUUCUAUACAUAAGUGAAAUGUUGGUUUUGUUUUAGCGUACAAGGGGUUUUACAGGGUUUUUGGUCUAAGGUGGUUUGUUGCUUCAAUCUACUAAACCGCAUGUUUUGUUACAGUGUUACCAAAGUUUUCAAGCAUCGUGCAUAUUUCAACGCAAAGUUAAAGCUAAAAGCUGAGACAGAUUUUUUAAACGUGCCUUUCUUUAACUUCCUUUAGCGAGGAUCCGGUUAAACCGACACCAAAUCGUCUUAGGCCUUGAAUAUUACACAUAAAUGCUGAAAUUUUCUUUUGGGAUGCCAUAAACCUAUGUUUGCAGUAUUAGAAUCGAAGGUUCGUGGGUAACAUUUUUUAUAAUGAAAUGGUUAGUUAUACUAUAUUUACUAUGAUGCUUACUAUUUAUAUGUAAUUGUUAGGUUUCAAUGGACUCUCAUUAUCAAGAGUGUAAUAUGUUAGUUUGUGUAGAUACGUGGAUUAAAUUAUAUAUCAGAUAUAAAAAUAUUUUUACAUUCAACUACACUCAAAUGUUGACAUUAUGUAGACAUUAUGUUUCCAGAUCUAAAAAAAUCUACUGUCCAUCAUAGCAUAAAAAUAUACUAUGAACUUACUACAUGACACACGUUUCCUUCUUUCCAAUUGUUUAUGUAGUUAAAAAUCGUUUGAUCCAGACUCAUAAUUCAAAAAGAUAUAUGUUCCUCAAAAGCAUGCCAUUAUUAUGCCAAAAGCGUUUUAUCCAAACCAGAAAAUUUGUUAUAUUAAUGACAUCUGACAGAAGACUUUCAGUUAUGUAGUUUAUGCAAGGAAACACUCCCUAGGUGACACAUGAUGUCAACUUGUGUAUUAAUAACUGCAUGAUUAUGUAGUAACACAACAAGAAGUAACUGUGUGUAUAAAGACACAAAUUUGUUUAGAAUGAUUUUCAGUAGCAUGGAUCUUCAGACUUAAUAUGAUGUGAUAUUAACAUUUUAUUAAAGUGAAAAAAUAUCUUGGACAAAAAUCUUCUUUUCCAAUUUCUACUAAAAUUUCUGUACUAUGUAAAUUACGAUGCAUGGGUAUAACAUUAUCUCAUAUUAUAGAUGUCAAACGUGUUUUGCUAUACUCGGCGUUUAAAUAUAUGUGAUUAGAGCAAGUAUGUCGUUGUUAAUGAUAUGCUAAAAACCAUAUCAUAUACAAAAUCGUUUAUCAAAUGGUAUUUUAGACUAUAUGUAUAUAAUAUAUAGUCGUAAGAAAUUUUUUUAAUAGAAAGUAGCACAUUCUGAGCUGCCACUUCAUCUGCCUUGUACACCAUUUUUUCAAGCAUUUUACACUUCAAUUCAAAAAUGUUUCCUGAUGAAGAUUCAGUUCUCUUCUCCCUCUACUAUAUUAAGCUAAAUGUGCUACUUUAUUAAUUCGUUGUAUAUACUUACAUAAUUAUAUUGUUAGGCCAAAUGACUGAUGAAUGUUAGCAAUUUGCAAAUGCACUUGUAAAUUGAUUUAUAUUUAUAUGGAAAAAUCUAAUAUCUGUGAAGACAUUGACGUUACACCAGUAGAGUGGCUUUCUCAAUGUAACGUAUUUUCAACGUUAGUAUUUCGCAUGCAGAUACAUUUACAAACAAUUAACAUAUUUAACUACCAUCUUCUUCACUAGUAUUGUCUACUACCCCUUCAAACCUACUAUUCAUGCUCCAAAAUGUAGACGUAAAAACAAAUCCAAUACAAAACAUGGAGUUUAUUGAUAAUAUAUGUUAUACUACCAACUAUGAAAACCAUACAGAUAAAAUCACUAAGUUUUUAAGGCUUAAAUGCAUAGGAGUAAGUUUAUAAUAAUUAGGAUGAAACUUAGUGAUUUCCAGUUAUUUUGUUGUUAAAUAAACGGAUAUAAU